AUGGGCAAAGAGGUGGCCAUCAUCAGAGCUGGCAUCAGUGGCCUGACCUCCGUCCGGUGCUGUCUGGAAGAGGGGCUGGAGCCAACCUGCUUUGAGAGGAGCAAUGAUAUUGGAGGCCUGUGGAAAUUCUCGGACCGUGCGGAAGAAGGCAGAGCCAGCAUUUACCAGCCUGUGUUCACCAACUUUUCCAAAGAGAUGAUGUGCUUUCCAGACUUACCUUAUCCUGAUGACUACCCCGACCACAUGCACCACAGCAAAUUCCGGGAAUACGUACAGACAUUUGCUCAAAAGAAGAAUCUUUUAAGACAUAUACAGUUUGAGACCCUGGUUUCUAGUAUAAAGAAAUGUCCCAUCUUCUUAGUCACUGGCCAGUUGGAAGUUGUUUCGGAAAAGGGUGGGAAGCAGGAAUCUACUAUUUUUGAUGCUAUAAUGAUUUAUUCAGGACAUCAUGUAUACCCUAUCCUACCAACUUAUUCCUUUUCUGGUCUACACCAGUUUCAAGGCCGCUACCACCACAGCCACAACUAUAAGGGCCCAGAAGCCUUCAAGGAGAAGAGGGUCCUUGUGAUGGGCCUGGAGAGCUCAGGAUCUGACAUUGCUGUCAAGCUCAUCGUUCCUUCCCCAGACGUCACUAUCAGCACCAGAAGUGGUUCCUGGGUCAUGAGUCGGGUUUGGGAUAAUGGCUAUCCUUGGGAUACGCUGUAUGUUACCUGCUUUGCAUCUUUUCUCUGGAAUACCCUUCCUUUGUUUAUCUCUGGCUGGUUAUAUGUCAAGAAGAUGAACCCAUGGUUUAAGCAUGAGAACUAUGGCCUGAUGCCUUUAAAUGGUGCCCUGAAGAAAGACCCUGUGUUCAAUGACAAGCUCCUGUCCUGCAUCCUAUGUUGCACCGUGUUCCUCAAGCCCAGUGUGAAGGAGUUCACAGAAACUUCAGCCGUGUUUGAGGAUCAGCCCAUGUUUGAGGCCAUUGACUCCAUCAUCUUUCCAACAGGGUAUGAUUAUGCCUACCCCUUCCUUGAUGACUCCAUCAUCAAAAGCAGAAACAAUGAGGUCACCUUGUUCAAAGGCAGUCCCCCUCGCUGAUGGCUGACGGAGAAGCCAACCUUGGCUGUGAUUGGCUUUGUCCAGUCCCUUGGGGCUGCCAUCCCCACAGCUGACCUGCAGGCCUGCUGGGCUGCUAAACUGUUUGCAAACUCAUGUACCUUGCCAACCACAAGUGAAAUGACGGAUGACAUUGAUGAGAAAAUGGGGAAGAAACUCAAGUGGUUUGGCCAGAGCCAGACUUUGCAGACAGAUCACGUCACAUACAUGGGUGAGCUGGGCUCUUUCACAGAGGCCAAGCCUAACAUACCAUGGCUCUUCCUCACUGAUCCCCAGCUGGCCCUGGAGGUGUGCUUUGGUCCUUGCAGCCCAUACUAGUUUCGACUGAUGGGACCAGGGAAGUUGGAUGGGGCCAGAAAUGCCAUCCUGACCCAACGGGACAGGACAGUAAAGCCAACCAAGGCAAGAGCUGUCAGUGAAGUUCAGAGACCCCAACCCUUUUACAAUUUGCUCAAAAUGCUUUCAUUCCCAGUGCUGCUUCUGGCUGUUUUGCUAUUGUUUUAUUAA